UGCGGGCGGGAGGAUAAAGCGAUGAAGUGUGCUGCGUUACCGCGCAUCAGGCGCCGUUGUUGGAGCCGGAAUACCGUGCGUCUCUGACCGAGCCGGCCCAAUCGUCGCGCACACACUCACCGAGCCGCGCGCGCCCCUCGCCGUGGCCCUGGCAGUGGCCGCCGCUCGCCCGGAGCCCCCGGAGCGCGGCGAGAACGGGUGGGCACCCAGGUCCCCCAGCAGGUCCCCGGCGCGCCAUGAAGGGCACGUGCGCCCCCCGGCUCUAACCUGCGCGCUGACGGGAGCCCGAUCUGUGCCCAGGCCGGGGCUGCCAAGCUAACAAGGCUGUGUUCAGCAGAAAUGGAUACAGGAGGAGCAGCGUAGUUCAAAGACUAAGGGAGGCAUCGUCUCUCUUUUCCUGGGAUUUAAACGCGAUUUAGGAGGGCAGAUGCCCUACCUGAAAAGGCCAGACUUUAAAGACCCAGGCAGUGUCGUGGUCCAAGGCGUCUCAAAGCAGGUGGCCAGAUCUGCGUUUCUCAUCAGCGGACUCGCUCCGGCUGUGGCUAUUACGAAUCUGUACCAGAACAGGUUUUUAGGCCUGGCCGCCAUGGCAUCCCCAUCUAGAAACUCCCAGAAUCGCCGCCGGUGCAAGGAGCCACUCCGUCACAGCUACAACCCUGGCCAGUUCCACAGCAUGGCCAUCAGGACCGGCCCCCACGGCACCGUCACCAUCCCCCGCUCCACCAGCGACACCGACCUGGUCACCUCAGAUAGCCGCUCCACACUUAUGGUCAGCAGCUCCUACUACUCCAUAGGACACUCUCAGGACCUGGUGAUCCACUGGGACAUCAAGGAGGAAGUGGAUGCUGGAGACUGGAUCGGCAUGUAUCUCAUUGAUGAGGUCUUGUCAGAAAACUUUUUGGACUAUAAGAACCGUGGAGUCAAUGGUUCUCAUCGGGGCCAGAUCAUCUGGAAGAUCGAUGCCAGCUCUUACUUUGUGGAACCCGAAACUAAGAUCUGCUUCAAAUACUACCAUGGCGUGAGUGGAGCCCUGCGAGCCACCACCCCCAGUGUCACGGUCAAAAACUCUGCAGCUCCUAUUUUUAAAAGCAUUGGCUCUGAUGAGACCGUCCAAGGGCAAGGAAGUCGGAGGCUGAUCAGCUUUUCUCUCUCAGAUUUCCAGGCCAUGGGACUGAAGAAAGGGAUGUUUUUCAACCCAGACCCUUACCUGAAGAUUUCCAUUCAGCCUGGAAAGCACAGCAUCUUCCCUGCCCUCCCACACCAUGGACAGGAGAGGAGAUCCAAGAUCAUAGGCAACACUGUGAACCCCAUCUGGCAGGCUGAGCAAUUCAGCUUUGUGUCCUUGCCCACUGAUGUACUGGAAAUUGAGGUGAAAGACAAGUUUGCUAAGAGCCGCCCCAUCAUCAAGCGCUUCUUGGGAAAGCUGUCGAUGCCCGUUCAAAGACUCCUGGAGAGACACGCCAUAGGGGAUAGGGUGGUCAGCUAUACACUUGGCCGCAGGCUUCCAACAGAUCAUGUGAGUGGACAGCUGCAAUUCCGAUUUGAGAUCACUUCUUCCAUCCACCCAGAUGAUGAGGAGAUGUCCCUGAGCGCCGAGCCUGAGUCCGCGGACAUUCAGGACAGCCCCAUGAACAGCCUGUUGGCCAGCAGCCGCGGGGAGCCUCCCGGCGAGGCACCGGAGCUCCCCAGGGGCUCCAAGCCCGAGCCGCUGAGCCAGGGCAGCGCCGGGGACGCUGCCGGGAACGGGAGCCUGGAGCUGGCCGAGCCGGUUGAGGAAGCGGCAGGUACCAACGAGGCAGGAGACGACGGCGCGGGCUCUGUGGGACCUGACGGGGCUGGGGAGCUUCUGGGCCCGGGGCGUGAGGACGCCGAGCCCGCCCUGAGUGCGGAAGAACUGGCGGAGCAGCUGGAGCUGGGUGGGGAGGUGCCCCCACCGGGGCUGCUGGAGGACACCGAAGGCCCGGGCGGCACCGGGGAGCCCGAGGCAGAGGAAGCGGCCACAGAGAGCCGGGCGGGGGGAGAGGAGGAGAAGGAGCAGGCGGAGGAGGAGGAGGGCGACGUGUCCGCCCUGGGGCAGGGGGAGGACAGGCUGCAGCUGCGGGCCUCGGUGAAGAGGAAAAGCAGGCCGUGCUCCUUGCCGGUGUCCGAGCUGGAGACUGUGAUCGCGUCCGCCUGCGGAGACCCCGAGACCCCGCGGACACACUACAUCCGCAUCCACACCCUGCUGCACAGCAUGCCUUCCGCCCAGGGCGGCGGCGCCGCGAGCGACGACGGCGCCGAGGAGGAGGCCACCCUCCAAGACGCCUCGGAGAAAGACGGGCUCAGCGAGGUGGACACGCUAGCUGCCGCGCCGCCUCCCCUCGAAGAGGAUGGGGAGGAACUCGAGGGGGCUACUCCAGGCACGGCGACCCCCGGCCACUCCGGCCUGACCAACGGCCUGGGCCCGGACGGCGACACGCUCCCCAGCACAGGGAGUGAGAGCGACUCGAGUCCCCGGCAGGGCGGGGACCACAGCUGCGAGGGCUGUGACACGUCCUGCUGCAGCCCCUCCUGCUACAGCUCCUCGUGCUACAGCACGUCCUGCUACAGCAGCUCCUGCUACAGCGCCUCCUGCUAUAGCCCCUCCUGUUACAACGGCAGCAGGUUCGCCAGCCACACCCGCUUCUCCUCCGUGGACAGCGCCAAGAUCUCUGAGAGCACAGUCUUCUCGUCGCAAGACGAUGAUGAGGAGGAGAACAGUGCGUUCGAAUCUGUGCCCGACUCGGUGCAGAGCCCGGAGCUGGACCCGGAGUCGGCAAAUGGCGCCGGGCCGUGGCACGACGAGCUGGCCGCCCCCGCCGCCAGCGUGGCAAGAACCGUGGAAGGUCUGGAAUCCCCCGUGGCAGGGCCAAGCAAUCGGAGAGAAGGUGAAUGUCCUAUACUCCAUAAUUCCCAGCCAGUAAGCCAGCUUCCUUCCUUGAGGCCUGAACAUCAUCACUACCCAACAAUCGAUGAGCCUCUUCCACCAAACUGGGAAGCUCGCAUUGACAGCCACGGGCGGGUCUUUUAUGUGGACCACGUGAACCGCACGACCACCUGGCAGCGGCCUACAGCAGCAGCCACCCCCGACGGGAUGCGGAGAUCUGGGUCCAUCCAGCAGAUGGAGCAACUCAACAGGCGGUAUCAAAAUAUUCAGCGAACCAUUGCAACAGAGAGACCAGAAGAAGAUUCUGGAGGCCAAAGUUGUGAGCAGGUCCCAACAGGAGGCAGUGGAGGUGGUGGGAGCGACUCAGAGGCUGACUCUUCUCAAUCAAGCUUAGAUCUGAGGAGAGAAGGGUCACUUUCUCCAGUGAACUCACAAAAAAUCACCUUGUUGCUGCAGUCCCCAGCAGUGAAGUUCAUUACCAAUCCCGAGUUUUUCACUGUACUACACGCCAAUUAUGGUGCCUACCGAGUCUUCACCAGUAGCACCUGCUUAAAGCACAUGAUUCUGAAAGUCCGGCGGGACGCUCGUAAUUUCGAACGCUACCAGCACAACCGUGACUUGGUGAAUUUCAUCAACAUGUUUGCAGACACGCGGCUGGAAUUGCCCCGGGGCUGGGAGAUCAAAACGGACCAGCAGGGAAAGUCUUUUUUCGUGGACCACAAUAGUCGAGCCACCACUUUCAUUGACCCCCGAAUCCCUCUUCAGAAUGGUCGUCUUCCCAAUCACCUGACACAUCGACAGCACCUCCAGAGGCUCCGGAGUUACAGCGCUGGAGAGGCUUCAGAAGUCUCUCGAAACAGAGGAGCCUCUUUACUGGCCAGGCCAGGACACAGCCUGGUAGCUGCUAUUCGAAGCCAACAUCAACAUGAGUCAUUGCCACUAGCAUAUAAUGACAAGAUUGUGGCAUUUCUCCGCCAGCCAAACAUUUUUGAAAUGCUGCAAGAGCGUCAGCCAAGCCUGGCGAGAAACCACACACUCAGGGAGAAAAUCCAUUACAUUCGGACUGAGGGCAAUCAUGGGCUUGAAAAGUUGUCCUGUGAUGCAGAUCUAGUCAUUUUGCUGAGUCUCUUUGAAGAAGAGAUUAUGUCCUACGUCCCACUGCAGACUGCCUUUCAUCCCGGGUACAGCUUCUCUCCCCGCUGUUCACCCUGUUCCUCACCUCAGAACUCCCCAGGUUUACAGAGAGCCAGUGCAAGAGCCCCUUCACCCUACCGGAGAGACUUCGAGGCCAAGCUCCGCAAUUUCUACCGAAAACUGGAAGCCAAAGGAUUUGGUCAGGGUCCAGGGAAAAUUAAGCUCAUCAUUCGUCGGGACCACUUGUUAGAAGGAACCUUCAAUCAGGUGAUGGCCUAUUCCCGGAAGGAGCUUCAGCGAAACAAACUCUACGUUACCUUUGUUGGAGAGGAGGGUCUGGACUACAGUGGUCCUUCGCGAGAGUUCUUCUUCCUUUUGUCUCAGGAGCUCUUCAACCCUUACUACGGACUCUUUGAGUACUCUGCAAAUGAUACCUACACGGUGCAGAUCAGCCCCAUGUCGGCGUUUGUGGAAAACCAUCUUGAAUGGUUCAGGUUUAGUGGUCGGAUCCUAGGCCUGGCUUUGAUCCAUCAGUACCUUCUUGAUGCCUUCUUCACAAGGCCCUUCUAUAAGGCACUCCUGAGACUGCCCUGUGAUUUAAGUGAUCUGGAAUAUCUGGAUGAGGAAUUUCACCAGAGUUUGCAAUGGAUGAAGGACAACAACAUCACAGAUAUCCUAGACCUCACUUUCACUGUUAACGAAGAAGUUUUUGGACAGGUAACGGAAAGGGAGUUGAAAUCUGGAGGAGCCAACACGCAGGUGACGGAGAAGAACAAGAAGGAGUACAUCGAGAGGAUGGUGAAGUGGCGGGUGGAGCGCGGUGUGGUGCAGCAGACCGAGGCCCUGGUGCGGGGCUUCUAUGAGGUGGUAGACUCGAGGCUUGUCUCUGUGUUCGACGCCAGGGAGCUGGAGCUGGUGAUAGCGGGCACGGCGGAAAUCGACCUGAAUGACUGGCGGAAUAACACAGAGUACCGGGGAGGUUAUCAUGACGGGCAUCUUGUGAUCCGCUGGUUCUGGGCCGCCGUGGAGCGCUUCAAUAAUGAGCAGAGACUGAGAUUACUUCAGUUCGUCACGGGAACGUCAAGCGUGCCCUACGAAGGCUUCGCAGCCCUUCGAGGAAGCAAUGGGCUUCGGCGUUUCUGCAUAGAGAAGUGGGGGAAGAUUACGUCUCUCCCCAGGGCACACACAUGCUUCAACCGACUGGAUCUUCCACCUUAUCCCUCAUACUCCAUGUUAUAUGAAAAGCUGCUAACAGCAGUAGAAGAAACCAGCACCUUUGGACUUGAAUGAGGAAAUGGAAACUCACCUGACAUUUUCCUGGCAAUCACAUCACCCUUUCUGGGAUCAUCCCCUUGCCCUUUCCCUGAAUCAACUCUCCUUUGAUUUUGGUAUUCCAUGAUUUUCAUUUUCAAACCAAAUCAGGAUUGACAAAAGCUGUGCAUGAAGAACUGCCUUCUUCUGAGAUCCUACCUUCAGGCUUAUCUCCUCUACUCUCAAUGAACUGCUAGCCUGUAUGCAAUAUUAAACAACAGCUGUCUCAAGGUCUGUGUGUAUCUCCACAUACCUCCAUCACUAACAAUGAAAUAUGAAUGCAAGUUAUGCUACACUUGACCAAAUGGUAAUAAAAGUUUACUUCCAUUUAUAUAAUUUUAGGGAAAUUUGAGCAUUAAGCAUUCCGAGCUUUUUUAUGCCCAUGUCUUCUGAGCAGAGCCACCAUUUUUUAUAAUUUCUAACGAGCAACUCCAGGUCUAGGAGUCAAUCAACAUUUUCUUUUGCUCCCACUCUACUUUUCCCUGUGCACACUAUCCAUCCAGAAACAGCAGUGACAAAGCUGCAGUUUUUAUACAUUCAACUCAUGAUUCAUAUGUGGCAUCAAUCCCAUUAGCUGGAACGAGCCUAGGCAUAUGGUGCAAAUAUUACACUUUCCAACAAAAAACAAAAGCAAGAAAAACGCCUCCUGCUGAUGCAAUGUGGUGCAUCUCAAUGGUUGUGGGGAUUGUGGCUCAACCUGAGUUUAGAGAAGUCUAGGAGGGGUGCACCCCUCAUGAGCACUUACCACACAAGAAGCAGAAAACUUGUGCACACGAAGGAGAUCUCAUUAUGUAGCAUAAAGGACGAGGCUUCUCCCCACAUUGUGUUGUGUGGAAUGUGAUGGUGCAAAGAGGAGAGAGGGAAGAAGGCCAUGUUAGGUUGGUUUGAAUACCUGAGUUCUGUACUGUUUUGUUCUGUUUUGCUUUGUUCAGUCUAGCUACAGUUCUCCUUCACAAAGGAAAAAAAUGUAUAGAUAAUCUCAUGACUUUGUUAAAGCCAGGUAAUUAUUGCUUGGCAAACAAACUUUGUUUUAACUUUGAUACUGUUUUUUUCAUGCUUUUUUCUUUUUUUUCUUUUCUUUAUGAUGGUGUUCAAAUUCCUUCACAUCUGAUUGUCCCAUGGGGACCACACUAAACAAGAAGCUGCAGAGAGUGAUGGUGCUUGUUCGGGGUCAAGGGCAAUAUAAUACUCCUUCUUCAUCCAUAGCAAUCCUCCAGGAGCAGACACCUAACACCCCCAGAGGCACAUUGAUUUGUCAGAAUAGAGAUCCAGUUUCUUUUAGCACUCAGUAAAGAGGUAUCUCAGAAAACUUAGUGUUUUCAAGAAAACAGUUGCAGGCUCCAAAGACAGCCUAACCUCUUGAUUCCAUUUGGAAUAAGUGCAAACAUAAUGGUGAAUCUCUAUUUUUCUAAACUUGUUAUCCAUGUUGUCUGAAAUAUGUCGUGAGUGAAAGUGUUUUUCUUCACUGGGAAAAGAAGAGCUAAAGGGGCCUCACUGUUGAAACGUCACAUCGUUUGUUUCCAAUAUACUAAACAAGGGAGAAAUGUGAGACAUUUAAGACAAAGUCAGUUUCACAGGAAGCCAUGCCUCCUGCUCCUUGUAUGGGUUUGUGUACAGGCAGCACAUUGCAUUUCCUGCCCUCCAAAAUGAAACUUCUUUUAGUAGGAAUUAUUUAUAAUGUCCAGCACACCUUGCUGCUGUGUAUCUAUUGUCAAUCAGGAAGUAAUACGUUCAGAAAUUUAGCUUCUAUUAUUUACCAAGGUAAGAUGGAAUGUGUAAGUUACAUAAUAUAAAUUUGAGGGAUCUGUAAAAUUCAGUACAUAUUUCAGUGUCUGAAAAGUUAUGAAUUCCAUUGAAGCUGUUAUUUAUAAAAUCAGAACAUAAGAGUAAUACAAAUCAUUUCACCAUUUUAACUCUUUGAACAUCAUAUCUAGUAUAGGGAGCAUCUUUCAUUUUUAGAACUUGGUGUUAUACAUGUGUAAACACUCAUUAAUUCAAGCACUCCAUUCUCUUUUUAGUAUUUCUCUUGUUAGGCAUUGGCAAGGGAGGAAGAUGUUCAAAAGAUGGAACCUGCUCGUGAGGAGCUUUACAUUUACACAAACAUCUAAUUAACAUAUUAAUUAGAUUACUUGAUGUCUAUUCCACCCAUACACAGAAGGAACAAGGUAUCCUAGAAAAUAUAUAGAGAUAGAUAUCUCGGGCAUAAAUGGAUUUUCAACUAACUUUUCCUUCUUCCUGUUCCUCCUCCCUCCUGCCCUGAUGCCAUGGCUCUAAAUGUGUCCCACGAAGCAUUCAUUACAAGAUCAGUAUUUGAUAAAAGUAUAAAAUUCCAAAAAGAAAUACUGAUGUCAAAGUCAGCUGAAAGGAAGCAAAUCUUGCUUGACAGGGCCCCAGAUUGUAUGACAGUCUUGCACAGAAUCGUAAACAAAGGGAAGAGGAGAACAGACAGUUGUUAUGGAAUGAUUCUAUGAUUUCCCCAUGUCCCAAGUCAUGUUUCUUUAGUUAUUAUUCCCUAACAUAUGAAGCUGGAAUACAUGAAAAUUAUGUAUAAUUUUUCAUUACAUAUAUAAUUAUGCUAUUAAUUCCAUCAGCUGGAGGUGUAAACUUCCCCCAAUCAUGUGACUCAAUGGGCAAGGCAGAUCUGUUUGUUACCACUUCUAAUUUUUUUUUUUAUUAAAAGUAUGAAUUUUCUCCAUGGAGACAUUUUAUAUUAAUCACUUAUAAACCACAAUUCUCCUAAAACAAAACGUUUUAGAGUUAGUUUGGUAAGAGUGUAUUACCCUUAACUAGAGGAUAAACAAGAACAAUAAGCAAGAGAAAAUUUAUCUUUCAAGUAGAAAAAUGCUUUUAAAAUGCUAUGAAGUGUCAUAAUAAUUUUAUGGAUAUGACAUUUUAUUCUAUCACAUGAAAAUGAUACUCCUAAAAUUAGAAAUUGCCUCUUCAGGGUAGGAGUUCUCUGUAACUUCCUAUGUAGAGAGAAGGUGGCAGUGGUUGUGAGAACUUUUCCUUCCCAUCACCGCUAUAGCACAGUUUCUUGCGGGCCAUGAGAAAAUUAAGAAAAAGAGAUCUGGGAUUCUUUGGCAGGCUUCUAAAUCUUUUUCUCUUUUAAUCCAUGACCACAUGUCCAUUCAUGGUAAGUAUAUUUGUAUGGCAAGUCAAUAAGCCAGACUUUCCAGAACAGUUUUAAUGUUACAUCUAUGGCAUUGUCAGUCCAUGUGUCAAACUGUGUGUCCAAAAUUUGGGUUCAAAAAAUUUCUCAGUUGCCGCAAAUGAUUUCCCAGUCAAGAUGAAACACUUUCAAAUGAAAGUAGUUAGAACUUUACAUAACAAAUGUGGUGCUUUAUUAUUAUUAUUAUUAUUAUUAUGUAUUUCAGUGUUCAUUAUUAAAUCUACUGCAAUACUAUAUCAUAAAAAUCUGGGAUGGAUGUUCUAGCCAUCAUGAGGUCCAAAAGAGAAAGUGUUAUUUUCCUGUUAGUGACAUGUAGUCCCUUUGUUCUAGUAGAAAAAAAAAGGUGCCUAGAGGUAGUGUAUAGAGUAAAUAUUGUUCCAUUAGCCUACUUCCUGCAGCUUCCAAUUUAUCUAAGGAAAUGUCUAUAACAAUUUUGUUAAAAGUCUUUGUUCUAGUCAAUAGCAGGAGAAGUCCACAUUACUGGGCUGAUUUUGCUUACAUCAGCAAGAGAAAUGUCACGUGAUACUCAGGCAGAGCUUUCUCUUCCAUCAUACCACCUUCAAGGAAUGUCAAUAAACUCACUUUGGUAUGGCA